ACGAAACCGAUAGAAUCUCGAGAUGGCUUAAGAAAGAAGGAAUAAAAGUACUGAAAUAUCGACACAUCUCACGAGUAUUACCUCGAAAAUGAAUCUUAAUGAGGAGAGAAAGGAGGGAGAUGUUCACAAUCAGAGAGCAACAUCUCCAGAUCCCAGCGGUGUCUCUAUGAAGAGCAACAACUCCAUGUUUAUUCCUCCUAAUCUCAGUGAUGGAGCAAUGACCUUUGACCCUGAUAUCGUCAGAAGCAAGAGAAAAAGAGCAACAUCUCCAGAUCCCAGCGGUGUCUCUAUGAAGAGUAGCAACUCCAUGUUUAUUCCUCCUAAUCUCAGUAGGGGAGCAAUGACCUUUGACCCUGACAGGGGGAAAAAGAGACCAGCAUCUUCAAUAUUCAGCCAUGUGUCUAUAAAGAGUAACAACUCCAUGUUGUUAAAUCCCCCUGAUCUCAGUGAUGGACCAGUGACCUCUGACCUUGUUGGGGAAAGAGCUGAACUGAUCAGAGCUUGGACGUCCAGCCAGAGAGAAGCAGUGGACGAUGUCCUACAGAGAGUCAAAGACACUCACAAAACCAUCAUGAAGAACAAGUAUGAGAGUUUAUUUGAGGGACUCAAACUACAAGAGAAUCAAACCCUCCUGAACAGGAUUUACACAGAGCUCUACAUCAUCGAGGAAGAGAGUGAAGGAGUGAAUGAAGAACAUGAGGUUUUACAGAUGGAGAAAAGUUACAGGACACUCCAAGACACUCCAAUCUAUUGCAAUGACAUCUUUAAACCUUUAACUGAACCAGGAUGUGAGGAGAAGAGAAGAGAAAACAUCAAGACUGUUCUCACUAAAGGCAUCGCUGGAAUUGGAAAAACAGUCUCUGUGCAGAAGUUCAUUGUGGACUGGGCCGAGGGAAAAGCCAAUCGGGAUGUUGAUUUCAUGUUUGUGCUUCCGUUUCGAGAGCUGAACUUAAUUAAAGAUGUGCAGUACAGUCUUCACAAACUUCUGCUGGACUUUCAUCCUGACCUUCAUGAUCUGGACUCAAAGAUCUAUGAUGAGUGUAAAGUUGUGUUCAUUUUUGACGGUCUGGAUGAAAGCAGAAUUCCUCUGAAGUUUUCAGACAGUGAGAAAGUUUCUGAUGUGUCCGAGACUUCAUCAGUGGGUGUGUUGAUGUCAAACCUCAUCAAAGGAGAUCUGCUUCCCUCCACUCUCAUCUGGGUCACCUCCAGACCAGCAGCAGCCAAUCAGAUCCCCUCAGAAUACAUCAACCGUGUGACCGAAAUCCAGGGAUUCAAUGACCCUCAGAAGGAGGAAUAUUUCAGGAAGAGAAUCAGUGAUGAGCAUCAAGCCAGCAGAAUCAUCUCAAACAUUAGAAGAGCAAGAAGCCUCCACAUCAUGUGCCACAUACCAGUCUUCUGCUGGAUCUCAUCCACUGUGCUUCAAAACAUCCUGAAACAAGAUGACAGUGUAGUAAUCCCCCAAACUCUGACUGAAAUGUACAUCCACUUCCUGCUCAUUCAGAUCAAUGUGAGGAAUCAGAAGUAUGAAGAGAAAAUCCUGCAGUCCAACAGAGAAGUGAUUGUGAAACUUGCUGAACUGGCUUUCAAACAGCUGAUGAAGGGCAAUGUCAUGUUCUAUGAGGAGGACCUGAUUGAGAGCGACAUAGACGUCACUGACGCCUCGGUGUAUUCUGGGAUCUGCACUGAGAUCUUUAAGGAGGAAUCUGUGAUUCAUCAGAGGAAAGUCUACAGCUUCAUUCAUCUGAGCUUUCAGGAGUUUUUUGCAGCAUUUUAUGUGUUGUUCUGCUUUUUACACAAGAACUGUGAGGUGCUGAACAUGUUUCUGAGAGGAAGAUCUAAAAUUUUCUGUAAGGAUGUUUCGUUGUGUACGAUUCUGAAGGGGGCAAUGAGUAAAGCCUUGGCGAGUAAAACUGGACAUCUGGAUCUUUUCCUUCGUUUCCUUCAUGGCAUCACACUGGAGUCCAAUCAAAGACUCUUACAGGAUCUACUGAUACACACCGAGAACUAUCCAAGUUUGAGGAAGGAUAUAAUCAAAAACCUCAAACGAGGUCAAAAACAAAAUGUCAGUCCAGAACGAUGGAUGAAUCUCUCACAAUGCUUGAUUGAAAUGAAAGAUAAUUCUGUUGUUGAAGAAAUGAAGGCAUCUUUAAAUUCUAAAACAAAGAAACAUCUUUCUCUUGUACAAAGUUCAACUUUGGCCGACGUGAUCCUGAUGUCAGAGGAGGUACUAGAGGAGUUAAACCUUAAAGAAAUACAAGUAAAAACAAGAAAUUGUUUUCAGAGACUUGUACCAGCUGUGAGGAACUGCAGAAAAGCUCUAAUGGUAAACUGUAAACUUACUGAUCAGUGCUGUAAAAGUAUUGCAUCUGCUCUACAAUCAUCAAACUCUCCUCUGAGAGAGCUGGAUCUGAGUAACAAUGACCUGCAGGAUUCAAGAGUGAGGCUCAUCUCUGAUGCACUGAAGAGUGCAAACUGUCAACUGGAGAUACUGAGAUUAUCAGGCUGUAAUCUCACUGAUCAGCACUGUGAACUCGUGUCGUCAACUAUACAAUCAUCAAACUCUCCUCUGAGAUAUCUGGACCUGAGUAACAAUGACCUGCAGGAUUCUGGAGUGAAGCACAUCUCUGAUGCACUGAAGAGUACAAACUGUCAAGUGGAGAUACUGAGAUUAUCUGGCUGUAUGGUGACAGAGGUCGGCUGUUGUUAUUUGGCUUCAGCUCUACUGUCAAACAAUUCACACCUGAAAGAGCUGGAUCUGAGCUACAAUCACCCAGGAGAAUCAGGGGUCAAACUGCUCACUGAGAGACUAGAUGAUCCAAACUGCACAAUGGAUAAGCUCAAUGUGGAUCAUGGUGCAGAGUUCAGAAUUACUCAAGGACCACAAAAAUGGGCUUGUGAUCUCACACUGGAUCCAAACACAGUAAACACUCAUCUCAUUCUGUCUGAGGAGAAGAAACGUGUGGCAAUUGUGGAAGAGAUACAACCAUAUCCUGAUCAUCCAGAGAGAUUUGAUGAAUGUUAUCAGGUUCUGUGUAGAGAGAGUCUGACUGGACGCUGUUACUGGGAGGCUGAAUGGAACGGGCGGACUGAAAUGUCAGUGACAUAUAAAGGAAUAAAGAGGAAAGGAGGUAACUGUACGUUUGGGACCAAUGAAAAGUCCUGGAGUCUGCUCUACUCUGGUGUAAGAUUCACUGUCAUUCACAAUAAGAAGGAAACUGACAUACCUACCUCCUUAUAUCCUAAGAGAGUAGGAGUGUAUCUGGAUUGGAAGGCCGGCACUCUGUCCUUCUACAGCGUCUCUGACACACACACACUCACACACAUACACACAUUCAACACCACAUUCACUGAACCGCUCUAUGCUGGAUUUAAAGUGUAUUGUUCCUCAGUGACACUGUGUCACAUUAAACAGCCUCUUGUGAGAUACAGAGACAACACGCACACAAAUGGGGUAAAGGAAUAAGUUAAGUAGAACUCUGACUUUAUCACUAUUUAAUCUCAACUUUUAGGGGUGGGUGAUAUGACCAAAAUUUCAUUUUAUUUCACGAUAACUAUAAACAGUUUACUGUAUAUCACGAUGUAUCACGAUCUUUCUGAAGAAGUAAAAAUGGUAGAUUUUUUUUAAAUUCAAUCCUGUCAGAUGAUUAUGAAAAUGCUGACACUUGCCAGAGAACCCAGGCUCAGGAUGUCCACACCAGAACAUUCAGCCGGAAGAGGAAGACCAGGGAUGACCUAAAGAGCAUGUUGCUUUUGUAGAGACCAAUAUGAUGGUUUCAUGCAGGCUGAGCAACCUCGUCAGCAACAUGAGAAAGAAACACUACGGUUGGAUCAAAGUGCAAAUGGAUGUGGAGGAGCGCCACAUACAAGCACAGAGAGAAGAAUGCCAGGAAAUGAAUAAAAUGUUCAUGACGGUGCUUGACAGAAUUUUUGAUAUUUUAGCUGCUUCGUCACAACACCAAGCACCCCCGCAGUUACAAUGUUUACCCGGUUUGAGACAACAUGACAUAUACAAACCUACAACCUCAUACUCAACAGCACAUGCUCUCUCCAGAAGCACCAUCGCCAUCUUAUCAUAAGCUCUAGAUCUCCUUCACAUGAGAGCUUUUCUCAAAACAAUUUUGCUGCAUGUUUAUUGCAGUUUAUUCCAAUUGCUAACACACUAAAAUGACAUGUAUAGCACAAUUAUUUAAACUGACACACCUCUUCUCAAGUCUCCAAAAGUCUAAACACAUUUUCUGCUUUACACACAUUUUGCAAUUCAAAAUGGCACUUUUUACAUGCACUGCACACGGUUCUCUGCAUAACACACAACAAUCUGACAUAAAGUCACAUGUUUGCCAUUUCAAAACACUGCCAUUGAAAAUGACACUACAUGAGCUGAUUGGCCAAUACAUGUGCCACCUGACCAAACACCUCAAUGGCUAAUGGUUAGCACUUCAAUCAGGAAGUAAGCACUAUGAAAAGACCACAGGAUUCAGGGAUGGAUAAGGCACUCAAGGCGCUUCUUCCCUCGAUGUCUGGUAAGGGAAGAUAUUGCCUGUGAUGUGGACGAGGCGUUGAGGCCAGACCCAGCUGUGCGGCAAGAUGCUGCAUUAUUUUUCUUGCCUCUUUUUUUUUUUUUCUAUAUAUUUUUUCUGCAAUUUUCUUUUUCAGUUUACUGUUUUUUGUGAGCAUGUUUUUGUUCAGUCCAUUGUAAAGAUAUCUGCUGUGCAUGUGUUGCACUGACUUGUUUGGUGAAAAAUAAAAAAAUGAAUGUUUCAACAGCAUGUGUGUGUGUAUUUGCAAAUAUUUCUUUGCAUGUGAACAAUUGGAAGAAUUUUCUACAAUUUGUACUAUUUUAGUAUUCUGGAAAAGCAUACUAAAGAUGAGAGUGCUUUUCAUUAUGCCCAACAGUGCGUAGUUGGUUAGACAAAAGUCUGGUAAUAUGAAUGAAGUGUGUGUCAUUUGGUGGAAACGUUUGAUUUUGAUAAUGCCAUGUGUAGUUUUGGUUUCAGUGCUUCAUUUUGCAGGAUAUAUGAGGUAGUUUGCUGUUUGAGUGUGUGGUUUUGUGAUUUGUGUUAAGUAUUUUGAUAAAACCAGCUUAGUUUGCAAAAUUGUGU